UUUCAUCGAUAGAUCCCUAAUCGUUACCUUUGAAAGCUAGGUUUAGGGUUUCUUCUGUAAUGUCGAAGAUCUCACAAGCUCGUUACGGUUCUAUCCCUUCUGCUAUUCCUUCUGCUUCAACUUCUAACUCUGGGAUCGAAUUCAUUUCUCACGCAAAGGAAAGAGGAAGAUCAAUCAUCGCAAAACGGCGUCCAUGGAGAGAAUUCGUAGAUCUACACUCUUUUGGCCGUCCGUACACUUUUGGCGAAGCGAUGGUCCGUAUAAAGCGUAAUCUCUACUAUUUCCGUGUCAAUUACGCUUUUAUCAUGUUGCUGAUAUUGUUCUUGAGUCUUCUAUGGCAUCCAAUUUCGAUGAUUGUCUUCCUCGUCGUGUUUAUCGCUUGGUUCUUCCUUUACUUCUUCCGUGAUGAGCCGCUGUUUGUGUUUAAAUGGACUAUUGAUGAUCGUGUGGUUCUGGUUUUAUUGAGUUUGGUUACGAUUGUUACCCUGGUUUUGACUCAUGUGUGGUUGAAUGUCUUGGUUUCGCUUGUUAUUGGAAUUGUGAUUGUUGGUCUACAUGCCUCCUUUAGGACAACCGAAAAUCAGUUUCUGGAUGAGCAGGAUGCUGUUGAUGGAGGAUUGCUUUCUGUUGUUGGAAGUCCGACUCCGAUGAGAACAACAUACGGUCGUAUUUGAAUUUGCUGAUUGGUUCUUUUUGUUGUGCACUGGUGAUUAGGAUGUUUUGUGGCGAUUGAGCAGUUGGGGGAUUAUCAGAUUUGAAGCGACUGCCACUGAGUUAAGUUCUUUAGAUCUGCGGGAGAAACUUCUUCAAUGAUGCUGUAAAUGGUUUGGGUGCAAAGAGGUGAGAUCCUCUGCGCGCAUUUCUUUUGUUUUUGUUGCCGGAAAGUACAUCCCAAAGGAAGUGAUUUGUAACUGUUUCAUUCUAACUUCCUGUAGAGCUGGUCAGGUUACAUUUACUCGAUUUUGUAAUUGUUCUUUCUUUCCCAGUCGAUUGUCGAGCUGGUCAGGAUGUGGUCCUUUCAAUCUUUUUUGUAAAUGCUAUACUUGCACGUUGAUAGUAUUUUAGUCAUCUGAAGCAAAA